CUCAUUGAAGAAGUGUACAUGGAUCUCCCAGUAGGUUACAAGCAUGUUGUGGUUGCCUCUCAGGGGGAGCGAUUGGUUUGCCGUCCUCAUAAAUCUAUUUAUGGUCUUAAGCAAGCGUCUCGCCAAUGUCAAUUUGUAUCACAGCCUCGUUGCCCACAUCUUGAUGCUGCUUAUCAUCUUCUGCGCUACUUGAAAGGUUGUUCUGGGCAAGGUUUAUUUCUUUCCAGUUUGUCAUCUUUUCAAAUUCGGGCUUUCUGUGAUGCUGAUUGGGCAUCUUGCUUGGAUUCGAGAAAGUCUACAACCGGGUUUUGCAUCUUCCUUGGUGAGUCUCUUGUGUCUUGGAAGGCCAAAAAGCAAACCACGGUCUCUCGCUCCUCUGCCGAUGCUGAAUAUCAUGCGCUCGCUGCUACAACGAGCAAAAUCAUAAGGCUCACUUAUUGCUUCGUGAUUUACAUAUUCAGUUUCAACCACCAGAGCUGCUUUUCUGUGAUAAUAAUGCUACUAUUCACAUUGCUUCGAACCCGUCUUUUCAUGAACGUACCAAGCACAUUGAGCUUGAUUGUCAUUUUGUUCGUGAAAAGAUCGUUGAAGGCAUCGUCAAGCUUCUGACUAUUCGUACAGAACUCCA